GAAGUCCUAGUUGCUUGUCAAAGGCUAGUGAGAAAAGAAUAAAUGUGGUCUUGAGUGAUACAUGAUUCAUUAGAAUUGAGAGAAGAGCAGAUGUGGAGCACCGUACAAGGAUUUGGAGAGAAAAGGAUCGGAGUCACAGCGCAUAAAGUUAGAGCCCUGGACACAGUACACACAGCCCAGAGUCUCAGCUGGAAGGGAAAUAAAAGGAGCUGCCUGGAUUCCCAUGGCUAUGGCCAGUGCCUUCAUCCCAGGGCUCAACCUUCAGAAUCCUCAUUAUAUCCCCGGGUACACUGGACAUUGCCCACUACUUCGGUUCAGCAUGGGCCAGACCUAUGGGCAGGUGACCAGUCAGUUACUUCAAGGGCCUCCUGGUCUAGCCUGGCCCCCUGCCCAUCGCAUGCUUCUACCUCCCGUUCGGUCUCCAAGAUCUCCCGAGAUCCCCAGGGGGAGGCUACCUCUCAGGCACAGGCAUGAACGGCUCAGCUCCAGCAUGAUCCCCGGGUACACAGGUUUUGUACCCCAGGCAAAGUUCAUUUUUGCUAAGAACUGCAACCAGGUCUGGGCAGAGGCUCUGAGUGAUUUUACACCGCAGCAUGGGGAACAGGAAAGACAUGAGAUCCCAAAUGAGGCCAAGGGAGAAAAAGAGGUAGAGAGAGAACAAGAGCUGGAGGCAGAGGAGCCAGAGCUGAAGCAGGAGAUGAAACAAGCUUCCCCCUACUCCAUGGAUGAUGCAGACCCUCAAAAGUUCUUCAUGUCAGGCUUCACUGGCUAUGUGCCAUGUGCCCGCUUCCUCUUCGGCUCCAGCUUCCCUGUGCUCACCAACCAGGCACUGCUGGAAUUUGGGCAGAAGUGCCCACGGGGCAGGGCCCAGAAGGAUCCCAAAACGCUCUCUCCACUUCCCAGAGCCAACCUUCAUAACCUGGGUCUUCUACCUCAUUAUGGAGGUUAUGUGCCAGGGUAUAAGUUCCAGUUUGGCCGCACAUUUGGGCAUCUUACCCAUGAUGCUCUGGGCCUCAGCACCCCUCGGAAGCAGCUCCUGGCUUAGGUACCUGGACUUCAAGUUCUCCUUUUUCAUCUUAUCCUGUUCAUCUUUUUGGAGGGAAGAGAGGUGGGCAGGAGGAUGGGGGUGGGAAGCACAAAGAUGUGGGCAGGAGGGUGGGGGAACACAAAGAAACUGGUUUGGAGGCUGAGCACCUUUUUUAUUA